UCCACGACUCAAUCGUACAGAUCUUCUCGACCAGAAGGACGCUUUUCAUUAUUUUUGAAAUCGGAGUUGGAACUUUUAAAUAGGCGGAAAAACAGCGAACUCUUUUUAAAUGGGAUGUUACAGAAAAUGAAGCCAUGUCGUUUAUACUGUGAACGUUAAUAUCAAACGUCUUGUAUUUGAAAGAUUGUUUAAAAGACUUUUUUUAAAAGAAUUUCAAUUUCUUGUCACUUUUUUUUAGAGAUGUGAAAAAUAGAUGACCAAACGUUAUUCCGCUAAUUACAAAACGUUUCUUGGAUGUGUGAUUAAAAUUAAAUAUAACUGUAACAUAAUUUAUACCGGACUAUAUCUUUUGUAAAUUCGUGUUUUUAAAAUUAAUUGAAAAUGAGUGAAAAGGACUACAGCGACGCUGAAGAUUUAACAUACAAACCGGAUCCAGAGGCCAUUAGGAUGUUGGGACAAGUUCCCAAGAAAACAGAUUCUGACGAUGAAGAAAUAGAUGUAGUGGACGACAACGACAACGAAUCAUCAGAUAGAGGAUAUGAUAAUGAAGUUGAUUGUGACGGCGACGCAGAUGACGAUCUAUCCGCCUCCUUGAAGAAGCAGAGACGGAACCGAACAACAUUUACCGCGGAGCAGCUCCGAGAACUAGAGGCGGUAUUCACGCACACACACUACCCUGAUUGUACGCUCCGAGAACAGAUUGCCGAGAAAGUAGAACUCACAGAGGCAAGAGUACAGGUUUGGUUCCAGAACCGGAGAGCGAAAUGGAGAAAACAAGAAAAGAAUAUAGUACGCAUGUUUGAUGUUUGGAGAAAUCGCAUUGAACCAUACCACGUGGCACCACCCGCGUUCUCUCCAGUUGGUUAUAGUCCUUCAGCAUUCACUUCCGUCCGCAGCAGCAUGUUUCCAUGGUUACCAAGACUUCCUCUAAGUUUCCCACCAGUCCUUCCACUUCCGGCUUUUCUACCGGAAGCCACGGCAGCAUUUACAGGUGAAAUGCCCCAACUUUCGUCAGUCAAACAAAACCUGGACAUAUCACAGCGCAAACAUUUUGAAUCCUACGCGCGGGACUACUUACAUAGAUUCACAACAGAAAACAGGGACCGAUACGCCAGGGAACAGCUGCACAGACGAUCACCGCACGUGCAUUCGACAACGUCAUCACCUCCGACAAGAUUAUGAACAAUUUGAUUUUCUCUUUGAAUUUAAAUAUAAAUGAACUAUGCAAAUCAUUUUCAAAUCAAUACAUUUUCAUAUUCGCGUUUGUUUUAGAGACAACUGGUAUAAAUUUGUGCACAGCACAAUUUUAACCAAUUCUGAGUCUUGUAAGUUAGGAGUUGAUAUCUAAAUGUCAAGUGACAUGAUAUCAACAGAAUCAAAAUGUAGAUCAACUUUAUAUAGUUAUUCAUAAUAUAUAUAUACUGUAUAGUUAAACUGCUUUAUAAAAUCAGAUCUGUCCUUUUUUGCCGAAUAUCUGAGUAUAGUUGUUGCGAGAAAUAGUAAAAUUAUCUUCAUUUCUCAAUAAGACAUUAUAAAAAAUGAUUUAGUUAUCUUAUUUAAGAAAGCCAAGACGAAAUAAAGGGAAAUUACUCACACAUACUCAUAUCACAGACAUUUGACACUUGAGUUUAGCUAUUUAACAAUAACACUAGUUAAAAUAAGACCGGUCCGAAACCUGAUCGGCCUGUUUACACUAUAUCAGAGACGUAUAAUUAUACGUCUCUGACUAUAUCAACCAGGUUCCGGACCGAAUAUUUUUUAAUAACUUUCAUUUUUUUCCCCUUAUGGCUAAAAUCAAGUACAUGUACCUGUGCUCAUAUAUACUUUGAUACAUAAAUUCACGUGACCCACUACAGCAAACUAUCACUCCAGCAUCAUCAACUUAACAUUUAUUUUGAUCGCAUUCUUCAUACCGAAGUGCGAUUGCCUUGUCUUUGAAUUAGGUUAAGCAAACAAAUACCAUAACAAGACAAACCUUGACGACACGAGGUGUUUAAUGCAAACAGGGCAAAUGUUGUGUGAAAAUGUGUUCACGUGCGUGGUACAUGUCAUCUAGCUUAAAAUAGACAUAUCAAUUUGAUGUGUUUUAUUGUAGUGUCUUAAGCCUGGAUUAUCGGAAGCUUGUUAAUCAUUGAAGCGCUAAAAUGGGAUCUCGUUAUUACGGACAUUUUCAAACAAAAUUCUCUGUUUUUCUGUCAACCGGAGUGCGGGUUACAGGGGUUAAAUAAUGUCAAAUCGAGAUAACAGAGGUAAAUCAGAAUCUGGAUUAACGGGACUUUUUUUUUUUUUUUUUUUUUUUUUUAUCAAAAUAGCGAUUUUACAUUAGAAUCUCAAUAACCCAGGUUGUUUUCUUCAGAAUCUGGAUUUCCAUAUAUCGAUUUUGACUUCAAAUGAAAACGUUUUGUCAUUACCAAGUCUUAGUCAGUUUUGAAUGAUUGAAAUGUGUAUCGUUUAAUGACUGAAUAACGUGUGUUAUUCUCAAUCAGGAACCUACGGCACUUUCCGUAGAUUUUCUUGUUUACGGAAAGUGCCGACGGUUCCCGAUUGGCGUUUCUUUCACAAUAAUGUGUUUUCGAUGUACUAUGCAAGUAUUAUAUUAUGUGACUUUGAAAUCGUAUUUGUUUGACUUCUUUGUAAAAUAAAACAUAUGUAAAUACGAUUUAAUUGACCAUUUUGGGUUUCUUUUUCUUUUUUUCUACCGAGUAGUUCGG